AUGGUCACUUGGAUGAGGUUCAUCCUGCUGCUGCAGCUGAUGACUUCCAAAGAGUUGGAGCAAGCAAAGAAUGUAGAUGACGUCUUCCAACCAAGCAGCCGCGUCUUUCGCCUGUUUUCUUUCUUUGCGCUGCAUCGGGUUCACUUCGAGGAGGUCGUGCAUCCGUUUAUGGACUGCCACAAAGUGGAUGAGCAGGGUCAACCCUUGACGCUGAUGGGUGCGGUGACGUACAAGACGUUAGAAAAGGCGCAAACCUGGGCAUUGGAGUUCAAUCGGUACCUGGAAUCACCCAGCAUUGCUGCGAAGCUCAAGGAGCAAGCGCCGCAGGAGUUGCGCGCAGACUUCCAAAAGGAGCUGGACGCCUUUUACGAUUUUUUCAAAGUCGAGGUGGUCUCGGCUAUCAGAAGAGUGGCCUUGGCACCAAGCUUUUGGUCCUUCUUUGCUUUCUGUCGGGAAAGCAUCAAGGAAUGCCAGCUGGUUGGCGUCGAGGAUGAUGAAGCCGGCACUGAGGUGGAGCUGAAGAUUGUAGAGCCUUUGUUCCGUCUUUUCGUGAAUGGCAUCAUCCUCCCGAUUCUACGUGCUCCAAAGAAGUAUGGUGGCCGGGAGGUGGGCCUCCGACGCUGCGAGAAGAACAACUUUGACGGUGAUGUCAUAUUCAAUGUUUGUACGGUGCUGGAUGCUUUCGAAGAUAUGACAAACAAGGUGAGCUCAAAGCGCUUGAACAAGAUUGGCAGCCGACUGCGCCCCGAGAUCCUGAGAUUCCUUCUGGAUCGAAUCAGUCCUGACUCCACGAGCACCGAUGACCCAGACACCACGGUGACGGUGCAAACCUUUGUAUCUCACUACGACCGCACACCUCGAAGUGUCUACGUGCCACCGUCGCAGCUCAUCCUGUUUCAGAACUUGGUCCUGCACAAUGUCAACAAGAUCAGGGUGCAAUCUGGAGAUUUGCUUGACCAGGCUUGCAGGAAGAUUGGAUGGUGGUCGGAGCAAUUUGUGAAGGAAGCAAUGGAAAGAGCAGAGAAGAAUACUGAGGUCUUGUACCGCUUGACCCUGCAACAUCGCUUCUUUUUCACAGAGGGUUCGCUCUCGAUCUGCCCAGCUUCCAAGUGCACGGUGCCUUUGUCUCUUAGCUCUGCGGCAGGGUCUGAAGCACUCCAACGCAGCGAGGUGGCCCUGGCCCAGAACGUUGAUGUGAUUCGAUUCCUAAAGGAGGACAAUCCGAACAAGGUCCUGGAAGACUUGUUCCGAAAUUUGCCACCUUUGAAGAGUUCCAACUUUCUGGACUUGAAGGAGGAGUUGGAGGGGAUCUUGAAGGUCUGCGCCAACGAAGCUUUGGCCGAGAAGCUGAGCGAGGAACGGCAGUCCAAGAUACGAGUUAUCGACCACCAGGCAUGGGCGGCCGCUGCUGGGAAGCAACUCCACUACGCCAUUGCAAAAGAUAGGAUCUCCAGCUUCGCAGCCACAGCUCAUGCGGCCCAAGGGCAGACGUACAAAGAAGGAGUUGUCAUGGACAUGCGUAUUGGCGAGGCCGGGGACCCGCUGACGGCGUACAUUGCUUUGACACGGGUUCGCAACAGGGUUUGCAAGGAGUGCAUCCAGCGCCACGUCAAUACAGGAAAGCCGUGGCAAUGCAUGGCGUGCAAGGCUCGCCUAAAGAGUGACAUGCACGGCUUUGGCAGGCAAGGCUGCGGUGCACCGGCUUUGGCGGGCAAGGCUGCGGUGCAGGCAUGCGGCAUGCGGCCACAGUCGUUGGUGAUGGGUAUUCAAGCAGUGGCGGACUUCAUUGAGACUGAAACAAGUCCAGAGGAAGUCUUGCAUGCCAUGGCUUCUGUGAUCCUCACACGCAACCGACACAGUCGAUAUCUUCAUUCCAUGCUGGCUGGCUUCUCCCGGCUCCCCACGGAAGAGCAACGCCACGCUAGGGAGAUCCGCAGUGCUGAGCUGGAGCUGAAAGCCCUGGUCGAGCAUUCAAAGACAAUGCUGCUGCCCGAACGGAUCACUGAGAGGGCCAAGUUGGAGUCGGCCAUCCUGAAAGGAAGUGACUUGAACUUCCUCAUCAAGAAGCAAGCUGCUCGUGUCAAAACCAAGACCAAGAAGAAGGCCGCACCAACCGAUCGAGAUUGCGCGAUGCCACUAUCUUCUCGUUUCGCACCAACUUGUAAAGAAGACCCAGACCAUCGUUUCUCUGCGCUGAGUGUUGGUGCACCUGACCGGUUGAAUGUUAGCAUGUUGCUGGGAGCUAGAAUAGUCUCUCGAAAGCAUGGUUGCAGGUGA